AUGUUCAAGGAAAUAGGGUACAAAUUUGAAGAAAAAGUUGAACAAAACCUUUCAAGAAUUAAGAAAGCUCUCAUUCCCACGCCAUGGCACUUUCUCAGUUCCGUUCUCACUCGGUGUCUUUUCGGAUCAGUUGGUGGACGCAGUCGUGGUAAAACAGAUCUUUGGAUUGUCAUGUAUGGACUUUUCUAUGAUAUCAAUGUUGACUAUGUCUCUAUUCUUUGGGAAGACUUCCUCACCUUUCUCCCUGCCUUAAACAAUAAGUUCCUGAUUCAUCAUCCUCGCUGGUGGUCCAUCAUUAUUCAUGAUGUCAUAAAUAAUAGUAAUCUUACACCAGAGGAGAUUCCAAAAGGCCCACUGCCACUAUUCUUGCAUAUGUCACCAUAUCAAAUUCGUACUGCAUCUGAAUCUGAGUUUUCACAUCCAGUCAUGAUUCCAGUUGUCAUCCUAGCCAAACUAGGUGAAAACAGUGUUUCUUUGUGCUCAUAUCAAAAAUACAUCAAGGGAACUACUUCUUCUCCCAAAAGGAAAAGGAAGCACUCAGAUCAUGCAUCCAAGAAGUCGACAAAGAAGAAGAAGCGAUCAAAGUCAGAUCAACCGCCUUCUAUCCCAUAUCUAGACGUAUCUUAA